CUUACCAGAGGGUAUCCGUCAGGUGGUCUGACCAGAGUCUGUCCAUCAGGUGGUCUGACCAGAGUCUGUCCGUCAGGUGGGUCUGUCCGUCAGGUGGUCUGACCAGAGGGUGUCCGUCGGGUUGUCUGACCAGAAUCUGUCUGUAGGUGGUCUGACCAGAGGGUGUCCGUCAGGUGGUCUGACCAGAGUCUGUCCAUCAGGUGGUCUGACCAGAGUCUGUCCGUCAGGUGGGUCUGUCCGUCAGGUGGUCUGACCAGAGGGUGUCCGUCGGGUUGUCUGACCAGAAUCUGUUUGUAGGUGGUCUGACCAGAGUCUGUCUGUCAGGUGGUCUGACCAGAGGGUGUCCGUCAGGUGGUCUGACCAGAGGGUGUCCGUCAGGUGACCAGAGGGUGUCCGUCAGGUGGUCUGACCAAAGUCUGUCCGUCAGGUGACCAGAGGGUGUCCGUCAGGUGGUCUGACCAGAGUCUGUCCCUCAGGUGGGUCUACCCGUCAGGUGGUCUGAUCAGAGUCUGUCCGUCAGGUGACCAGAGUGUCUGUCAGGUGGUCUGACCAGAGGGUGUCCGUCAGGUGGUCUGACCAGAGUCUGUUCGUCAGGUGACCAGAGUGUCUGUCAGGUGGUCUGACCAGAGGGUGUCCGUCAGGUGGUCUGACCAGAUUCUGUCCGUCAGGUGGUCUGACCAGAGUCUGUCCAUCAGGUGGGUCUGUCCGUCAGGUGGUCUGACCAGAGGGUGUCCGUCAGGUGGUCUGACCAGAAUCUGUCUGUUAGGUGGUCUGACCAGAGUCUGUCCGUCAGGUGGUCUGACCAGAGGGUGUCCGUCAGGUGGUCUGACCAGAGGGUGUCCGUCAGGUGGUCUGAGCAGAGGGUGUCCGUCAGGUGACCAGAGGGUGUCCGCCAGGUGGUCUGACCAGAGGGUGUCCGUCAGGUGACCAGAGGGUGUCCGCCAGGGUGCCACGAUGACCGUCACGUAUUCCAGUAAAGUCGCCAACGCCACCUUCUUCAGUUUCCACCGGCUGCUGCUGCGCUGGAGAGGAAGCAUCUACAAGCUGCUGUACCGGGAGUUCAUUGUGUUCGUGGUGCUCUACACGGUGCUGAGCGUCGUCUACAGGCUCGUCCUCUCCGACCAUCAGAAGAGAUUGUUCGAGAAACUUUCCAUGUACUGCGAUAAAUACGCAGAGCAGAUCCCCGUCACCUUCGUUCUGGGGUUUUACGUGACUCUGGUGGUGAAUCGAUGGUGGCAUCAGUUCGUUAACCUGCCCUGGCCGGACCGACUCAUGUUCCUCAUCUCCAGCUGCGUUCAGGGUAAAGACGAAUACGGCCGCCUGCUGCGCCGGACGCUCGUGCGCUACGUGAACCUGACGUCGCUGCUCAUCUUCCGCUCCGUCAGCACCGCCGUCUGCAAACGCUUCCCCACCAUGGACCACGUGGUGGAGGCAGGUUUCAUGACUCCAGAGGAGAGGAAGGUGUUUGAGAACAUCCGUUCUCCUCACCUCAAGUACUGGAUUCCCGUCGUCUGGUUCUCCAACUUGGCGUCUAAAGCGCGACAGGAAGGACGCAUCCAGGACAGCAUCGACCUGCAGAACAUUCUCAACGAGAUGAAUCAUUUCAGGACUUGGUGUUCGACUCUGUUCGGAUACGACUGGGUCGGCGUGCCGCUGGUUUACACACAGGUCGUCACUCUUGCCGUCUACACCUUUUUCUUCGCUUGUCUGAUUGGACGUCAGUUCCUGGACCCCGCCCAGCGCUACCCGGGUCACGACCUCGACCUCUACGUCCCCGUCUUCACGCUGCUGCAGUUCUUCUUCUACUCCGGCUGGCUGAAGGUGGCCGAGCAGCUGAUCAACCCGUUCGGGGAAGACGACGACGACUUUGAAGUGAACUGGAUCAUCGACAGGAACCUUCAGGUGUCUCUGCUGGCUGUGGAUGAGAUGCACAUGAACCUGCCCAACAUGACCAAAGACAUGUACUGGAACGACUGCGAGGCUCGCCCGCCGUACACGCUGGCCGCCGCUGACUACUGCAUCCCGUCCUUCCUCGGCUCCACCACCGACAUGGGACUCUCUGACAUCCUGCAGGUCGAUGAGGACAUUAGCGACAGCCGUCCACGCCAACCGGAGAAUGUUUUGGCUUGGCGCGGAGAGUCGGUUCUGGGUCGAGUCCGGCGCCUGCUGAGUGUACAGGAGCCUCCUGAACUUCGACCCCCUCGACCCAUCUUCAAACGGCACAGCAGUGACGCAACAGGAAGCUUCUUCCCAGACUUCAGGGUCAAUCCUUCUCCAAAGGCCAUGGAUCUGAGCUCCGCUGCCUUGGACACUUUAUCCACCUUAAGGGAGGUCAGCAUCAACCCCCCGUCUCCUGAAAGCCCGCCCUCUACUGUUUUCCCCCGGCUCGUCGUCAGUCCGCCGUUGUCCGGUGACAUCUGUCACAACGUGGAUUCUUCUGGCAACGGUGAAGCAGCAACAACUCAGAAUGGACUGGAUUCUUCCCCCUCCGAGGAGGCCCUGGGCUUGGGUCAUUCGAGGACCGGCUCCUCGGUUUGCUGUUCCCCAACUCAGUUGGGACCCAAGGAAUUCCGUUGGACAAAUGCCCCACCAACCCGGCCACGGGGGCGCCAGUUCUCCCUCCAGUUCUCCAGGCAGUCCUCGAAAGCGUCGGUCCGAAGCCUGCCGAGCCCCAAGGCUUUGGGAAGGCGAAGACGGGGCCUGGCUCGGUUCCAAUCCCGACGAGCACCCGGUCCACCUGCCAACACACUGCAGCUGCCCGACCCCGAGUACGACCAAGACUUCCAGGGAGUGGCGGGGGCCGAGGACGACGAGAAGGAAGGAACCAAAAACGGUGAACCGAGCAAAAACGACGACUCCCAAUCGGUGAGCUCGGUGAACAAAUGAGGGCCAGUCACAGUCACAUGGUAAUAUGAAUCCCAGAGCUGGUGACAAGAAAAGUCACAGGAGGAAAGUUGCUUAGAAAUGUCCAAUCUCUGAAGCCUGAAGGUUUAUUACUUGUUGCCAGAUUAUCAAUGGAGACAAACCGUCACCCUCAGACGGUACUCCAAAGAAUCCCAAUACUGGUGAUCAACUUUUAAGCUUAGGAAAUGAGCAACUUAAGUAAAGAUGGGAAGAGCAAACAACAACAACCACCACAGCUGAGCUUGAUUGGCUCAAACACCUUCCAUUAAAAGCCUUUUUCAUUCCUUAAUAUGUUCUUCAAUAACUCAACAAACACUGGAAGACGGGAAAUGAUCCACCAAGAGCUGAACCUGUUGUGGAAAACAAAUGUGUUGACUGUUAAUAUAUUUAGUGUUGUUUUUGAUGCCAUCUGGUGGCCAUUAGAGGAACAACAGCAGAACAGACUUCAGUUUUGGAUCCAACAUGCAACUGUGGUGACUGCUCAUUAAAUAAAGUACUCAGGAUUACUGACUCCACUUCAAAGGUUACUAGACAUCUUUUGUGAUAGCAGUUUGUCUGUUUGUGUAAAUGUACCUGAAGUAAUGAAUAUACAGGAACUGUUGCUGCUGC